AUGUCAGCAUACUACAUUUUGGUCAAGGAGAAGCUGCCGGCAUCAUAUUUGAAAACCUACAAGCGGUGGCAACAGGAUGGGAACAGGACGGACAGUUUGAUUCUGUUCGCUGACUGGCUGGCAGAUGAAGCUGUAUGUGAGCGGGAGGCGCAGGAGAUAAGCUUGGCCGGUCAGCAGAGACCUGAAGGCAGAGGCAAGGCGGAGAUCGUACCGAAGAAGCCGAAAAGAGUUUUCAACACGGAGACCGUCGGACAGCCUGAACGAAGAGCAACGUGUCUGUACUGCAACGAGCCGCACAGUCUGGAUAACUGCCCGCACUUCACCCGGUGGACUGUCAGCAGUCGCUACCACUACUGCAAAACUAACAGGAUAUGUUUCCGCUGCCUGUCUGGCCAUCAUCUGGGGCGUAACUGCCGGCAGUUCAAUGGCUGCUCGGUGAAUUCAUGUGAAGGCACGCACCACACACUGCUGCACGCUACAGCCAAGCCCGCGACUACUGGCCGUGAGGGAGCCAUGGGAGGCCGGUCGGUACCUCACGAAGCUGAAGUAGCUGGUGCAGAAUACGUCCCAUCCACCCAGACACAGAGAAGUUCCAAGCAGUCGUUUCGCACAAAGAAGUCAUCUGGAGACGCUCAAUCGAACCCCGAUCGAGUGGCGUUUCAGACGGUGCCAGUGAAGCUCUCUGCGAAUGGGAGAUCAGUCAUUGUAAGUGCACUUCUGGACCCGUGUUCUGAUGCCAGCUACCUGACGGAGGCCGCUGCGAAUGAGCUACAGCUGCAGGGAGAAGAUGAAGAUGUGGACCUGGAGACGGUGAACGGAAGCUCACAAGUGAGGAUGAAGAAAACUCAGAUUCAACUCAGCUCAGUGGAUGAAGGCUACAAGGCCAAGCUCAGCGCAUUUGUCAUCAAAGAUCUGUCCAGCGCAUCAACAAAAAUCGACUGGAACCUGAUGAAAGAUCGCUGGGAUCAUAUGAAGAAGAUCCCGUUCCCGACCGUAUCCAGGAAAGGCAGCAUUGAUAUGCUUAUCGGCCUGACGGGCGACACCAUGUCCCUGUUUCUACCUGAGGAAACCAUCCAGGGGCCUCCCGGUGAUCCAGUGGCGGUGAAAACCCCACUGGGCUGGACCGCCUUCGGGCCGGUCAGUGGAGCCGAAAUGGAAAGCAUCAAGACCCUGAGAACCCAUAUCCGAAGCAAGCUGAAAGUGGAAAAUCAGGAAGAGAUUAAGGCCAUGCGAGAGAUGACAGAGCUAGAAGUGAUCGGUGUAAGGGAGCAGAAAGAAAAGAUUAUGUCAGUUGAAGACAAAGAAGCGAUGAAGAAAGUUGAGAAGAUGAAGCAUGAAGGAGGGCGAUAUGAAGUGAAAGUCCCCUGGCGAAAUGAUGAGCCCAAUCUGUCCGGAAAUUUCGGAUAUGCGCUCAGCAGGCUGAGAAAAACGGAGGAAAAUAUGAAGAAACGUAAAGAUGAAGCCAUGGAGAAAAAGUACGGUGAGAUCUUCGAAGAUUACGUGAAGAAAGGCUACUUUCUGAAGAUAGCCGCCGGUGAUGAAAACUGGACAGCCGCCACCUGUGAAGGGUGGUUCUUGCCUCACUUUCCAGUGAUAAGACAAGACAGGGCAACAACAAAGAUCAGACUGGUCUUCGACGCUGCGGCAAAGUACCAGGGAAGAAGCUUGAACGACGAGCUGUACCCAGGUCCUUCAAUCUGCAGCGAUCUGAUCGAGAUUCUACUGGGAUUCCGGCGUCAUCCCAUCGCUCUGACGGGUGAUGUCGAGGAGAUGUUUCGCCAAGUGAAGCUGGCGACCGCAGACAAGAAGUAUCACCGCGUCCUAUGGCGCGACGGUGAAGCAGAGAGGGCGCCCGAUAUAUACGAAGCCCAGCGAUGGAUAUUUGGAAACGCGGCUGCACCUUUCGCUGCUCAGUAUGUCAUGAAGGAAAAUGCUCAGAUACACGCUGCCGAGUUCCCUCUCGCCGCUCAAGCCGUGGAAAGAUCAUUCUACAUGGAUGAUGCGCUCUGCUCCUUCAAAACUGAAGAGGAAGCCAAAGAAGCAAGAGAACAGCUCACUGAUGUGAUGAAGCAGGCAGGCAUGCACAUAUGGAAAUGGCGAAGCAGCAGCUCGGAUGUAACAGCAAGUAUCCCGGAAAAGGAGCGCGCUAAGGAGCCGGAAUUCAAGAUCGAAGAUGGCCCAAAUCAGACAAGCAAGACGCUGGGUCUUCUGUGGAAUGCUGGUGAAGAUACUCUUGGAAUCUGCGCUACCACUUCCUCAGACGCCACGCCUGAAAACCGGCCAACAAAAAGACUCUGUCUCAAGAAAAUAGCUGCGGUUUUCGACCCGCUGUGUCUGAUCUGCCCGCUCACCAUCACCGCCAAGAUCAUCUUUCAAGAGACUUGGGCUCGCGGUCUGGAUUGGGACGAUCCACUGCCGCCCGACAUGGAAGCUGAAUGGCUGACCUGGCUUGAAGAUAUUCAGGAGAAGGUCUGCGCUGCGUUUGAGAUUCAGCUGACGGACGUGGUGUUCUGGUCGGACUCGCUCAACGUUAUCUGCUGGAUAAAAAAUGACGUCAAGCGCUUCCAACCGUUUGUCGCCCACCGCGUCUCAGAGAUCCGGGAGUUCACGAGUCCUGAUCAGUGGAGACACAUUCCUGGAACGGAAAAUCCAGCAGAUCUCCCCAGUAGAGGUGUCAAGCUGGAAGACCUGAAGCACAUCAGCCUCUGGUGGGAAGGACCUCCAUUCCUUCUGGAGUCACCUGAGAACUGGCCAAAACAGAGAGACAUCUCUGAACAGGCAUGCGACCCCAGUGAGUUCCGCAAAGAAAAAGUAACUACUCACUCAGCGCGGGCGAAGGAGAUGGACACAGACUUCCGGCUACAGCCAGCACGCUACUCGAAGUGGAUGAAGCUCAUCAGAGUGCGCGCUGCUCGUCACGCGGUGUGGGACGUGCAGGUGCGCGCUGCUCGUCACGCGGUGUGGGACGUGCAGGUGCGCGAUGCCGGUUGA